UCAGGAGACGAGACGCAUUUUCGUUCUAAUGACACUCACAGGUACCUGUGAUGGCACUAUAACGCCGCAGGCGCUCUGAGGUACGGGUGACAUUUAUCCAUUUCGUUCCUUAAGCCUAAUACAUUGCCCAUCGCUGAAACACUAGUUCUGCGUCAACAGUACGUCGACCCGUACAGUGAUACGUCUUGUCAACAAUACCAAAUGGCCCAAAGACGCUCCCAAGCCUAAUUAAGACCUCGAUGACAAGUAACAAGUAAUACGCCACCCUGUACAGAGAUUUUCUGAAAAGAAAUCCCUUUCCGUUGCAUACUGUUUAUUGGCUUUUCUGAGAAUAACUACUUUCUCUUUCAUAUUGUCAUCGAAACGUACCGAUAACGUAUAUGUACGUCGAUGAUAUGCUUUAUUGGUUGUAUAAUAGUUUUACAUUAUAUCUUGAAAAUCCCCAGUGAGCUGUUUGUUAAAAUAGACAUGACGGAUAUCUCUACACGUGUAAAUUCUAUUUCCGUCGCGGAAAUCCACCGUACAGAUGUUAUAUGUACCCGGAUCGUUGUACUAAAGUUUAUACAGGAACCAGACGUAGACAUGGAGACUGGACAGGUGUUGAUGUUGAUCAUCGGUACUAUUAUGACCCUCAACUUUUCACACUCGAAAUCUGUAGGAAUACCUAAAGAGGCCAUGGAAAGGGCAUCACUGGAAGAAGUGAUUACAAUGCUACAUGAAGUAAUGGAACAAGAUGUGGGGGACAAUGCGCCCUUAACAGUGACAGACGAAAAGUACAUAUUCUACGACAGCUUUGUACAGAAAGAGGAAACAGCGACCGGCGAUGAUUACGUACCAGUAGUUAAUAACAGACGAACAGAUGGUGCCAAGGAAGGAAUGACACUGUGUCAUCUACUGAAAAUAAGGAAAUCUAAGAGAAUCCAGGAAAAGGCUUACCCUACUACAGACAAUCCAAAUAGGAUCAAAGAAACGACGGCAACAACAAGUUCUAUGAAUUCAAUGAGGAACGACCAGCACAGGAUCGUAAAGAGGGACCCUCCCCAGUGGAUGACAGAGUGGUAUGGUUAGGCACAAAACACCACACAUCAGAUUCAACAUUCAUCAUAGGGGGUCAGGUAUCCCGGAAUCCUGCCGGCUGAAAUCUGGAGAUUACGGCUGUGAGUUAAAGGAAAUAGAAAUAUAGUUUCGUCGUGGAGCCCCCAAAGUUCACUAUCAUUUCUGUUGUCGGGCUCUCUACACUGGUUAUAAGAGGUAACAGCUACACGUGUGUAAACUACUCCGAAUUUUCGCCCUGUGGACUCGGCCGUGUGUUGGUAGAGUUACACGACGAUUGCAGUGGGAAUUCAUGAGUCUUUCGUGAAGGGAAACAUCCAUAGAUGUCAUACUAGAGACUUGAUGCAGUCAUACCGGGUUAGGGGUGACGUAACAGUACAGCCUUAGCUUAGGGUCAUUGUUUUGUAGGAUCGGUCACUUGAAACAUACAAACAUGUUCAUUAACAUUAUUUUAGGAAGUUGCUAAAGACAGAUUAAUGAGUAUUCCAGAAGUACAAAGACAUUGCAAAACCUGACAAUUCAUUGGAGGAUGUAUAACAUUUCGUUUUUAAUUGUUUUUACUUUUUAAUUGUUCACUUAAUUCACCAAUCUGCUGGAAAAAAAUUUAACUCUACAUUAGUGGUAAUGAAAGUCUUCCAAUAAAUGUUCAUCUGAAGAUAAAGAUGAUACUCCAUAUCUGUGCAUCUGUCAGUCAUCGAAAGUGAAGAAGAUGAGUCAGCAGUUUGACUUUGUAUGAUGUACGUGUACAUUCCAUCAUGAUAACAUGUCUUUAGUUGGUAUACUUAGUUGUGUUUGUCGAGAGUUUAUUGUCAUCAAAUUAUUAGUGUAAUUAUAAAGUUGUUUUACCUUAAUAAGAUUGAACAUCGGUAUGGUCGUUAUAAAAAAAUCAUUUCACAUUAAUUGAUACGUUCAAAAUAAAAUAUAUAAAAAACGUAA